UCCUGGACCACACUGAAAUGUGUCUGAUGUGGUCAAACUCCAGCUAGUGCGGAGCUUCCCUGUCACAUCCACAGAAGCAGAGCAAGUCAGAGCAACAGGACGCUGGGUUUGAUCAUCACCACAUUAACAGUUCCAGCUGGUGGAGCCCCAUCCCUCAUAUUCUGCUGAUCCCAGACCAGUGGGCAGCUUCCAGUGCCGCUCGGCAACAUGAGAGUGUUGAGCUGCUCCUCCCUGCUGCUGCUCAUCUGCAGCUUUGGCCACACAAAUGCAUUCACGACAUGUGAACUAGGCCAGUUCCUGUGUGGGAACGGUAAAUGCAUCACCCAGAGAUGGGUGUGUGACGGUAUGGACGACUGUAGAGACGGUACUGAUGAGCUUCCUGCUACCUGCUUGGUCAAAACGUGCGCACCAACAGAGUUCAGCUGCGCAGACCGCCUCAACAACUGUGUACCGAGCACCUGGCGUUGCGAUGGAAAUGCUGACUGUGAGAAUGGAGCUGAUGAGGAGAACUGUGCUCCCAAGCAGUGUACAGACUCAGAGUUUCUCUGCAAGACCGGCCAGUGCAUUUCCUCGUCCUUUGUGUGCGACAGCGAGGACGACUGUGACGACGGCAGUGACGAGGCUUCCUGCCCAGCCGUCACCUGCAGCUCUUGGUCUUUCCAGUGCAAAAACACCGUUUGCGUUCCUCAAUCGUGGGCCUGCGAUGGUGACCCCGACUGCCACGACGGCUCGGACGAGUGGCCGGAGAACGAGAACUGCAACGGGAACACCCGUACCCAAACCUCUCAUCCUCGCCAGUGCUCCUCCCUGGAGUUCCACUGUGCUAGUGGGGAGUGCAUCCACGGCAGCUGGAAGUGUGAUGGAGAGACUGACUGCCUCGAUCAAUCAGACGAAGCUGGCUGUACUCCUUUCACCUGCCGUCCCGAUGAGUUUCGAUGCGGGGAUGGCACGUGCAUCCACGGCAGCCGCCAGUGCAACAGUUUCUACGACUGCAGAGACAUGAGUGAUGAAAUAGGCUGUGCCAAUGUUAGCCACUGCGACGGUCCGACCAGAUUUAAAUGUCUCAGCGGGGAGUGUAUAAGCAUGGAGAGUGUGUGUGACAACAAGCGUGACUGCAGGGAUUGGUCAGAUGAACCUCUUAAGGAGUGUGACUCCAAUGAGUGCAUGUACAACAAUGGCGGCUGCUCUCAUAUUUGCAAAGAUCUGAAGAUCGGCUAUGAGUGCUUAUGUCCAACUGGUUUUAGCCUCGUGGACAAAAAACGCUGUGAAGAUAUCGAUGAGUGUGCCAACUCGGAAACCUGCAGUCAGAUCUGCAUCAACCAGAUGGGCAGCUACAAAUGUGAAUGUGAAGAGGGUUACCAAAUUGAUCCAGCAACCAAAACGUGCAAGGCCAUUGGUACAAUAGCCUACCUUUUCUUCACAAACCGUCAUGAAGUCAGAAAGAUGACUUUGGACAGAAGUGAAUACACAAGAGUAAUUCCUCGUCUGAAAAAUGUGGUGGCUCUCGACAUGAACAUGGCCACCAAAGAGAUCUACUGGUCAGACAUUUCCAACAAAAAAAUCUAUAGAGCUCCGAUGGACUCGGCUGAGAACUCCUCUCAUCACCACGUAGUGAUAAGUAAUGAUAUCGAUGCUCCUGAAGGAAUUGCUUUCGACUGGAUUCACGGUAACCUGUACUGGACUGACAGCAUUCGCAGAACUAUCUCCGUGGUAACGGCUGAUGGCAGCCACCGCAAAACUCUCUUCCACAAAAACCUGUCAAAGCCCCGCGCUGUCGUGGUGGACCCUCACAGCAACUUCAUUUAUUGGACAGACUGGGGAAACCCAGCAAAGAUUGAGAAGGGAGGUCUUAAUGGAGUGGAUCGUUCCUCUCUGGUCACUGACAACAUUGUGUGGCCUAAUGGCAUCACAUUAGACCUACUAAACCAGCGGCUCUACUGGGUGGACUCUAAGCUGCACACCCUGUCCAGUAUUGACGUUCAGGGCGAUGGACGCCGUAGCCUCAUCAUUGACGAGCACCAGUUGGCUCACCCACUGGCACUUACUGUGUUUGAGGAAAGAGUGUUCUGGACGGAUGUUAGUAACAAUGCCAUCCUCAGUGCUAACAGGCUGACUGGUGAUGACAUCACACCAGUGGCAGAGCACCUGUCAUCACCAGAGGACAUCAUUCUUUAUCAUAACCUCAAACAACCUGCUGGAAGAAAUUGGUGUCAGAUGUCCAAUGCCAGUUGUGAAUUCAUGUGCCUACCUGCCCCUCAAGUAGGACGCCACCCCCCAAAAUACACUUGUGUCUGUCCAGAUGGCAUGAUGCUAGCCAAGGACAUGAGGACAUGUGUGCCUGCUGUGCCAACUCCUGCUGCUCCCGUAGAGCCUGAACCCCCUUCUACACGUCCUCCUCAUCGAUCUCUGGUACCACCCAGAACCACACCAAAAACCACAUUAGAGCCACAGAUCCAUACCACAGUGCCCCCUGUAAUCACAAGCACCACCACAAAGCCACUGCGACACACCACCUUGCCUCCUGUUAGGACUUCCACACCUUUACCAAAGAAGCCCUCGCCUCAGCCGGAGAAGCCUGAACUCUUGCAGACCACCACAGGGGCUCCUGUCACCUCUCAAAGUGUUCGACCUGUUGCAGCAGCAGUUAUACCCACAACUGCCUCCACCUCCCCAGUAGCUCUUUACCUCGUCUUACCUCUGGCCAUCGCUUGUCUGAUGGCCAUUGGUGGUGUGCUGCUGUGGAGGAACUACAGGUUGCGGAACACCAACACAAUUCACUUUCAGAACCCUGUUUAUCAGAAAGCCACCGAAGACCAGGUGCACAUCUGGAAGAGGCAAAGCUUUGAUGGUUAUGCAUACCCUAAAAGACAAAUUGUGAGUUUGGAUGAAGAGGCGGACAAUCCAGCCUUCACUGAAUACUGACAGAUGUCAGGCGGAGUGGAAAACGAACAUUCAGCCUUUUAACCUCUCGGAGCACAAACACACGGCAGGUGAAGCUUGAUCUGCCAACUCUGAACCACUAUAUCCUAAGUGCCGAACCUUUUCAGGGUUCAACAGAACAAACCGAAACACCUCAGUCUACUUCUCUUUAUACUUUAAAGGUGACUCUGAUGGUCACAGCGAUUGUUGAAGCUCUUUCUUUAUGUGGAUCAUUCUGACUGGUCUAUUCUUCAAAGCUGCGUGAAGCAGAAACACGUGCUGUAAAUAUCAGUCCAGUUGAAAGCGAUUGAUGGAGUCUCGUUGCACUAUUCAAAAUUUAAAGCCGAUAAGGAAAAACAUGCAGUCAUGCACCGGAGGAGGGACUUAGUUACUUAAACCAACCGAACCAGGAAGUGUUUGUCGUCUUUUUUGCCAAUCUGCUGACUGUAACAUUAUCACCGCACAGAAUCUUACCGACCUGUCAAGCUUUUCCGCUUCCGUUUAUCGUAUGGUAAUUUAUGUACCCGCUCAACCACGGUGACCUCGGUAUGUCUCGUGUGUGUCAUUUUGACUUUUGCAAAAACAAAAGCAUUCAAAAAGAGUCGAGGACCCCAAAGGAGAGCGUCUUGACUACACCCAAACAUCGCCACAUGGUCUCUAAGAUCAUUUUCAGAUGCCCUCGAAGGCCCAAUAUUUAAACGUACGUUUUUAAACGGUGUGUUUUUUUUUCUAGACCAGUGCAUGCCUUUAAGGCUGGAGAACUUGGAUGCAGCCAUGUGUGACCGUACGGUCGAGUCUAUUGCAUCAUCCUGUUUAUAUUUCUGUGCUCCCUCAGGACCAGUUAUACCAGCGUUCCUUAUGAAAGAUGUUCCCCAGUGAGAUUUAAAAGAUGAUUUCAGCAGCUCUCUGUUAUUAUUUCUUUUUGAACAGAUGUUUACGUUCUUUUGAUGUCACAUUGUUACACGUCGGUGAGCUUAAUGCUUAAAGAGAUACUUUGGCUGUUUUAGAAAAGGGAUUUGAGU